AUGGAGGACUCAACAGAUGUUUACGACCGGUUUAAUCUGUAUGUUUCGCCGGAGAUGUUUUGUAUUGAACCGCUUGAAAGGGACGGUGGUUUUGCGUCCGAUUCGUAUAUGAAAAUUGAUCGAGACUCAGAUGAGAUUUCUUUACAGAUCAAAACAAUCUAUGGUGUAUUAGGGGUCGUGAAACUUGUUUCCGGAUGUGCUUUGAUUACCAUAACGAAUGCCAGGCUUAUGGGCUCAAUUAAUGGCCAGGAUAUUUGGCUUAUCACCGAUACUGAAUUAAUUCCAUACAAAAGAACUACACUACAUUUAAAUGAGCGACAGAGGUGGUAUAACAAGCAUUUUACGGAAAUGAUACAGUUGGUUCUUGCCACAGGUGGUUUUUAUUUUUCCCGUUCUUUCGACCUGUCACAUUCAUUGCAAUGGUUAGAGGAAAAUACAACCCCCAACUUCAAACAGCAGCCUAUGAUGGAAAGAGCCGAUAAACGUUUUGUUUGGAACCGGUAUCUUAGUGCUCCUUUGACUGCCCGUCCUGAAUUGCGCCGUUAUGUUCUUCCUGUUAUUCAUGGGUUCUUUUCCUGUAGACGAUGUGUUAUUGGUGUGCACGUCUUCCAUCUUAUUCUUAUUUCAAGGCGUUCUGUCUAUAGAGCCGGUACGCGCUUUUAUAUGCGGGGAUCUGGAGUUGAUGGUAAUUCAGCAAAUUUUGUUGAGACGGAGCAGAUAAUACAAUAUUUAACUUCAUUUUUACAGACUAGAGGUUCCAUCCCGCUUUACUGGUCUCAAAAGCCAAAUCUACGUUGGCAACCAGAUCCGUUUAUGAAGCCAGCUGACGACCAAGUGAAGGCUUUUGUGGAUCACAUGGAAAACCAGCGUUCAAACUACGGGGGCAAGCAUGUAAUUGUUAACCUUGUGAACCAGAGAGGUCGUGAGAAACGUGUUGGAGGAGAACUAGAACGUGUAGUACUGAGAGCUAAUUUGGACUAUGUUAGGCACAACCCGUUCGAUUUUCAUCGAGAGUGCCAUGGUCUCAAUUGGGAUCGCCUCAGCCUUUUAAGGGACCAGAUUCGUAGCGAAAUAAGUGCUUUUGGGUUCUUUGCAUCAACAGGUUCACAGGCAGAAGAUUCUCGGCAACAGACGGGGUUUUUCAGAACAAACUGUAUGGACUGUCUUGAUAGAACAAAUGUCGCGCAAGCAAUGAUAGCUAAGGAAUCACUUCAUGAUCAGCUUGUGUACUUGGGCAUUAUCGAAGAGGAGACAAACCUUGACGACUUUGUUGACUUCGUAAGCGUCUUUAAAAACCUUUGGGCAGAUAAUGGCGAUGAAUGCAGUAAGCAGUAUGCCGGUACUCCAGCACUAAAAGCUGACUACACUAGGGUGGGUAAACGUACUUGGAACGGAAUGUAUCACGAUGCGAUGAAUGCUAUUAUACGGUACUUUAGGAAUAAUUUUGCGGAUGGGUAUCGUCAGGAUGCUAUUGAUCUCUUUCUUGGAAACUUUCGAGUAGAUAUCGAGAAACUUCCCCCAAAUUUUGAAACAACGAUUUUGAAUUUUGACUACCAUGGUUGGGUUGUUUUGGGCGCUAUUUUUGCAGCAGCAAUGAUGAUGCUAUGUGUGCUAGUUGCUGAAAGCAUUGUGGCAACCGUCUUCUGGCUGAUUGUCUUUCUUGCUCUCAUGUUCUUUAUAUACCUAAAUGGUGCGGAGUUUGUCAACGCUCCCAAGUUGAAGACAGAGUAA